AUGCGCUUCGUCUCUCUCCCCUCACCACCUACCAUCUUCCCCACCUAUCUCGUCCCCGCCCUCCCCUUCCGACGUCGGAAAUCAAGUACAGACAGCAACACAUCCGCCACCUCUACCAAUUCAACAACUCCCGACUCCUCCUCCUCCUCCUCCUCCUCCUCCUCCUCAGAAUCAGAAACCUACCUCACCUCCGCAACCUCCCACCUCCGCUGCUCCCGCUGCCUCUCCGACCUCGCCCUCUCCACCCAAAUCAUCUCCAAGGGCUUCACCGGCCGCCACGGACGCGCCUACCUCGUCGCUCCCUCUCCCUCAUCCUCCUCCACCACAUCCACCUCCACCACACCCACCCUCCCAAACCUCCCCAACACCUACACCUACAAACCCGUCCCCCGCCAACUCGUCACCGGCCCACACACCGUCGGCGACAUUUCCUGCGCGCAAUGCGGCUCCGUCCUUGGCUGGAAAUACGUCGCCGCGGAGCACGAAGAGCAGAAAUAUAAAGUCGGCAAGUUCAUUUUGGAAACGCGCAGGGUCUGUCGGAGUAGUAUGUGGGAAUCGACGAAUGAACAUGAAGCAGCGACUACGAGGACGGCGGCGGGUUUGAGGAACAAGGAGGUGGUGGAUGACUUGGAAUUCGAUUCGCAGGAUGAGGAUGAAUGCGAUGCUCUGUUCGCGGGGCAGUGGACUCCGCAGUUCGCGAGGAGCGUGAGGAAGGAGAAGAAGGGGUUUCAGCAUCAUCACCAUCAUCAUAAGAGUUUUGCGAGGUUGUCGGAGGUGUGA